AUGAUUUGCUCCCGCUGCAUAAAACGAAGCAUCUUUUCGCGUCUACAAUCCCAAUCGCGCGCCUUCACCAGUACACCCUUCCUCUCCACCCCCCCUCCAACCCUACCCAGCACACCCAGCACACCCUCACCCAGCAGCCCUCUCACCACCAACCCCCCAACCACAACCACAACCGCAACCGCAACCUCCAGCAAACCCUCCCAACCAGCUCCGAAAGCAGCUCCAUUACCAACAUCGAGUACACCCGCUGGAACCAUAUUAAAAGGUCUAAACUUUUUCAAAGCAAAAGAUGAACCGGUGGCAAUGAGAGAAGAUGAAUAUCCAGAGUGGUUGUGGCAUUGUUUGGAUGUGAAGAAGGUGGUUGAUGGAGAUGAUGCUGAGGGUGGUGAUGAAUUUUCCAAAUCCAAAAAGCUCCGCCGACAAGCCGCCAAAACCAAGCGCAAGGCAACAGAACGCGCCCUGCUCUCCGGCGACCCAAGCCUACUCGAAGUCAAAGUGCCCAUCCAACAACAAUCGAUUGAUUUAGCAUCAGAAGGAGAAGAAGCGCUUGAUCAACGUGAUCAUUUGAAAAAGGCGAUGAGGACGGAGAGGAGAGCAAAGAUUAAGGAGGGUAAUUAUUUGAAGGAGACGAGGGAAGAUGAUGCGAAAGUCAAGGAGAUACCUAUAACAGAGACAGCUAGAGCUGUGAAGACAAAUCGCUAG